AUGAGUUUACCACUGCCAAUAUGCGAGAAAUGUCAGUCGGUGAGUGUCAAUCAAAAAAAUCUGAAAAAGAAAUUAGAAAAGCGAUUCAAAGUUUAUGAGGUUGUCAAUUGGUUUGGUGGUUCAUGUCAGAGAGAAAGAGCGAAAAAAAUGAUUUUUAGUUUGGCUUUUUCCUAGUUUUUAGUGGUUUUUUGAAGUGUAGCUUGAAAUAUAGAAUUUGGACUUCAAGUUGUAAACUUUAACCGGGGGAAAAUAUGAUUGCAGGGUUGUUUCAAAAAAUUGUUUUCAAGGAAUAGAAUUGCGAGAAAAGGGGUUUUGUGUUGAACUUAUUCUCAUGAUUAAUAAUUUUUCUUUGUUGACUUCAUAGGAAACUCAUUUUUUGUUAAAUUUUCCAGUAAUAUUUUUAUUUUUUUCGUCUUCAAUUUCUGUUAGAAUUUUAUAUGAUUUUUUACCAUUAUAUAUAUUUUUAUCUCCAUCGUUUUUUUUCGCACGUAAUAAAAUCUGGAAAAUUAGGACCUGUUAUAUGUUAGGUCAUAAAAUUCACAAAUGUUGAUAAUUUCUAGAAUCUACAAACUCCUAUACUUUCUACUUUAUUAUAGUAUUAUUAUUUUCACAACACAAAAUAAAAUAUGUAGAAUGAUGAUAAAUUUCAAAUUUCAAAUUCAAAAUAGUAGUGAGAUUAUAUUGUUAUAUAUUGUUUCGUAUUCAAAUCAUGCUGUUUUCUCCUCCUCCCCCAUCUCCUUUUCCUCGUUUUUCCCUUCAAAAAUUGUGUUAUACAAAACACUUUUCCCUCAAUCACUCCUAUUGCACUCACUCAACCUUUUUUGUCUUCUUCUUUUUCUGGGACAAGCUAUCAAUCUUUUUCGAACUUGGGUUCCCUUUUUUUCAAUUGACUUGAGACGUUUUAAUAAAAUAAAACUGGAAAAAAUUUCACACUUUCUCACUCAAGAUGAUCUGAAAAAAAGUGAACUUCAGUUUUUUCUUUGAAGAAACAAUAAACUUUUGUUGACAUUUUUGAUUAAAGUGCGCUAAUUACCAAGUUAAAAAAAAGCUAAACAGACAGCAGCAAAAAAAUUUUUGCGCAUUCUCAUAGAAAAUAUUUUAUGGCUAUAUUAUCAUGCCCUUUCCUUCUUUCCCAUCAAAUAUUUUUGAUUAAAAACCAAAACAAUCAUAAUUUUUAUUAUACAUACAUGCAUAUUUAUACAAUAUUUCCACAAUUUUUGUACAAUUCCUUAUAAUAUUUUUUAUUUUAUUUUUCAAUGUUUCAGAAGAAAAAGUGCUGCCAAAACUAUCAUUUGUUAUACGACGACAAAGUUCAAAUAGUCAAAGAGAUCACAAAUAGUCUACCAAUUGAUGAAGAGGACAAUAUGUCAUCCGAUGGACUUGGGUUAGUUAACUUUUUUUCUAGUUUUAUUUAAAGACGGAUCUAUAAUUAGUCUUUGGAACACAUUUCGUGUUUGCACCUUUUUAUUUAUGUACAUUGUAAAUGGUUAGAUGAAAUGAACAGAAUUUCUCAUAAUAAAGCAUGGGAAAGUUGGGGAUUGGUUUUAUUAUGAGAACGGGAAAUGUUUUGUACCAAAUGCAAAAAAAAACAAUGCUUUUGGUUGGGAAAGAAGUAGUUCCGAAAAUUUGGAAAAAAAUGAGAAAUUAACAGGAAAGAAAAAAUAUGUGGAAUAAUGUAAGAAACUCUAAGGACAACAAAUUUCUGAAAUUUGAUAUAGUUCUUAUAUGUUCAUAAAACAUUUCGAAUUUAGGAAAAAGGUACACCAUAAUUAAUAAAGAAAUUCCUCUGUGUCAAAAAUUUGUCUGGAAGUGUUAUUUUCGAUUUGAUUAAUAUUUCACAAAGUUCAUUUCCUGAUCCAUUCCUAUUUUGCUUUUUCAGAUUAUCACCGACAUCUAGUCGAGCAAACAUUGGCCUAUCACAAAUAUCCGUACCACUAGCAUGGAAAUCAAAAGGUAGUUCGUUUUUUCUUUCACAAUUUUCCCUUAUUCCCAUAUAUUUACCAAAAAGGUGUGUCGCCACCACCUGAUUUCAAGUGGUCACCGACCGACAAAACUUUGUCUUCAUUGUUAUAUUUUUUCAGAAACUCGAACGUUCUCAAUGUUUAUUGUCCUACAAACGCGGACGCGAGUUAUUGACACAAAAAUUAUCACUCAUGUUGAUCGCAAUAUGACCGAUGUUAUUAUCGCCGACUCUUUUAUAUUGUAAGGAAGCAAAUAAAGAAGAGGGGAAUACAGGGUGAUAUCAUAUGGAAAAUUUUCAAGAUUUUUUUUUGAGAAAUAGAUAAACUCAUGGUAAACUCAUGGAAUAUUCUGAUUUUUUGGAAUAUCUAAAUAAAAAACAACUAGUGACUGGAUAAAAUAAUCAGAGGGUCAGGUUUUCUUGAAUUUUUGAAAAAUUGUUUUAUAAUAGACUUUUUUGAAACUUCUGAUGAAAUCAUUAAAAAAUGCUCUAAUAAUUCAAAAUUCACCAACAACAUUUUUCAGUGACAAUGAACCUGAAGAUUUUUGCGUUGAUAUUUUGAUUUAUGCAGCACGAACCGAUUAUGGUAUUGAGAACAAUAUGUCAAAUGGAAGUCUUCGAAGUCGUAUAUCAAGAUCCCUCGGAAGAAAAUUUGGAGCCAGUGUCAAAGCUCAAACAUCGCAGGCAAAUGAACCGAAAAGAAGUCCACGAUUUGACCAAUCAGUUGGAGGAGCACAUUAUAACUUAUUAGCAAAAGCCUCUUUGAUGAUAACUGAUGCUAGUGAAGAAGCAACAAUUCACAAUUUACGAUUGAGUGCAUUUGCUGAUCUUUCUGGACCACCACUUUAUGGACAUGUUAUUUGUCGAAUGGCUGUUCAACCACAUUCUGUUUUGAGACCGAUUGCAGAAGGAGUUCUUACGGUUCAUCAUAUUAAUGCAGAUAUGAAAUUUGAUAAUGUAUUCUCGCGUUUACAAGGCGGACAUUUGCAGUUUUUCACAGUUGGUGAUAUUUCUUUCAGCUCAAUGGAAACAGUCCUCGUGAUUCCAUUAAAUAGAGUGAGUUUGAUAUAUUGUCAAAAGAUAAUUCAAUAAUUAUUUUGAUUUUCAGCGUAGUCGAGUUAUGGCUACAACAAAACAACUCACCCUUCUGCUGAAAACUGAUGAAACAUCUGAUGUUCCUGCAUCUACAGUAUAUCUCGAGGCUAAUACCGAAAGAGCAUAUGAAACCUGGCGGCGAGCACUUGAAUUACAAAUCUAUGACAUUGGAGUUUGGGGUAAAUUUGCGACAAGCUCUACAAAUCUUCUCUACAAAAAAAGAGAAGAUCCAGUCAGAGAAACUUUAAGUCGAGCAGUCGGUAGUAAUUUAUAUGAAACAAUAAGUAUCAAGGGAAGCAUAUCCAAAGCAAAUUUUGGAGGUUUGAGUUUGAUCCCUUGUGAUGGAAAUACGAAAGGUGGAAUUGCGGCCACGGCGCCAGUUAAAAGACAAACCACAAAACAACGAGCAAAUGUUAUUGACCUGUUCCAGGUAAAUAUUUUAUAUAAUUUUCAUCCAAUAAUUUCAUUCUAACUAUAUAUUUUCAGAGCCCAAAGGCUGCUCGAAAAGAAGAAGAACCAUCAAAUUAUGUUAUUCAACUAAACAUUGGAGACGAUUCAGUUGAUAAUGAAUAUUCCGCAUACUCCCCGCUUUGUAAGUUUGAUCUAAAAAAACAGUUUAAACUGAUGAUAGGGCGGAAGUUGACAUUCUUAUCAAUCAAAUCUCAAUUUUUUAUUUGAUAAAUUGAAAAGAUCGAAAGAUUUGAAAAAUGUAUCAAACUGAUGGAACAAAGUGUAGCAUAUUUUCACUUGGUGUUUGAGGAAUGAAUAAACUUUGUAUUGAAUUUGAAGAUUAUGAGAAUUUUCAACGUUCGAUGAAGUUAUAAAAUUCAAUCAUUUUUUUUGGAACAUUAUCAGUUAAUAAAUCAAAUAAAUCGGAACAGAUAGUGUUUGUUUAGAAAACUAGUCUUCAAAGAUUAUCAGAAGUUUCAGAUUGAUAAUAUUGAUGUAUGUAGUUUGAUCGUUGUUCCAUAUGAAUUCAGCUUUAAAACGAGACUAGUAAAGCAUUUUUUUUUUAAAUUUUUUGCAUGAAAAUUGAGAACAUGAGAAGCUGUUUUCGACCUAGAACUUCAAAAGUGAUUCAAAUUCACAAAGAAGUUCGUUUCGGAAUAAUUCUUUAGAAAAAUUCGACUCAAUGUCAAGAUCCAAGACAAAUGUCAAUAAAUUUCAGACACUGCCAGACCAAAUUCUCGCCAUAGUCGAAUUUACGAAGAAGUUAAAGAUGGCCGUAGAAGUUGGUCAAAAUCAAUUGGCUCAUUUAUUGGACGAAGCUCAACAGCAACUUCAGCACAAAUUACACGACUUUAA